UCAUCAUCUGCAGUUUGCCGUGUUCUAGCGCAGUAUCGUGUAUUUUCAGUGGAACAUUGAAAAUAACGUCAGAUUAGUGUUUUUAAUUUAUAGGGCAACAUAAUUUACCAACUGACCAGCAAUGCAGUCGACAUUACGUAGAACUCUGACAGCUGUGGCCAAGACGCCACUGCGCACCAAUGCCGCUAUUUUGGGUGCAUUAAAUUCUCGCUGCUACUCCAGCACACAUGAGGCGGACAUUGUAGUGAUUGGCUCUGGACCCGGAGGCUAUGUGGCUGCCAUUAAAGCUGCCCAGAUGGGCAUGAAGGCCGUCAGCGUAGAGAAGGAGGCUACUCUGGGCGGCACCUGUCUAAAUGUGGGCUGCAUACCCUCGAAGGCGUUGUUAAACAAUUCACACUACUAUCACAUGGCCCAUUCGGGCGAUUUGGCCAGUCGCGGCAUUAACUGUGGCAAUGUCUCACUUGAUCUGGAGAAGCUCAUGGGACAGAAGACGAAUGCAGUGAAAGCGCUCACCGGCGGCAUUGCCAUGCUUUUUAAGAAAAAUAAAGUCACACAGCUGACGGGAUUUGGCAGCAUUGUCAACCCCAAUGAGGUGAAGGUGACGAAGAACGACGGCACCACUGAAACCGUUAAGACCAAGAAUAUACUGAUCGCCACCGGCUCUGAGGUUACUCCAUUCCCAGGAAUCACCAUUGAUGAGGAGGUAAUUGUUAGCAGCACAGGCGCCCUGAAGCUAGCCCAAGUGCCCAAGCAUAUGGUCGUGAUUGGUGCUGGAGUUAUUGGCUUAGAACUCGGCUCAGUGUGGUCGCGUCUGGGUGCUGAGGUUACUGCCAUUGAAUUCAUGGACUCCAUUGGCGGCGUUGGUAUUGACAACGAGGUUUCCAAGACCUUCCAGAAGGUACUCACCAAGCAGGGGCUUAAGUUCAAGCUUGGCACCAAAGUGAUGGGCGCCACGCGAAGCGGCAACAGUGUUACCGUCUCAGUGGAGGAUGCCAAGUCUGGUGCCAAGGAGGAAAUUCAGUGUGACACCCUGUUGGUGAGCGUGGGCCGUCGCCCCUACACCGAAGGUCUUGGUCUGGAGGCUGUAGGCAUUGUUAAAGACGAUCGCGGUCGUAUUCCUGUCAAUGCCACCUUCCAGACGGUGGUGCCGAACAUUUACGCCAUUGGCGAUUGCAUUCAUGGACCAAUGUUGGCGCACAAGGCCGAGGAUGAGGGUUUGAUCACCAUUGAGGGCAUCCAAGGUGGAAACGUUCACAUUGACUACAAUUGCGUGCCCAGCGUGGUGUAUACACACCCUGAGGUCGCGUGGGUUGGUAAAUCCGAGGAGACACUUAAGCAGGAGGGUGUUGCCUACAAAAUCGGCAAGUUCCCCUUCCUGGCCAACUCUCGCGCUAAGACGAACAACGAUACCGAUGGCUUCGUCAAAGUGCUGGCUGAUAAGGCAACCGACCGUGUGCUGGGCACGCACAUCAUUGGCCCUGUCGCCGGCGAGCUUAUCAAUGAGGCCGUUCUAGCCAUGGAGUAUGGAGCUUCAUCGGAAGAUAUUGCUCGUGUCUGUCAUGCGCAUCCGACCUGCUCUGAGGCAUUACGUGAGGCUAACGUGGCGGCCGCAUUUGGAAAGCCUAUAAAUUUCUAGAUCCAACCCCAUUGCACCUUUCUUGCUGGAAUUCGAUAUAUUAAACUCUCCACUCGUUUGAAAUUCUCAAUGUGCAACUGUAACGAAACAUCUCCGAUCAAUAUAUAGAUUACAAAACAA